GGGGAGAAAGAGGCAGGAGGCUCUGCCUCUGGUCCCCGAGCUGUGUGCUCCCAGCCACUGGUCGCUCCUCUGCCCAAGGGUCUGGGCUGGGGGAUAAGAUGAGCGAGAGGCGAAGAUCGGCGGUGGCCCUCAGCUCCCGAGCGCACGCUUUCUCAGUAGAAGCCUUGAUCGGGACAAAUAAAAAGAGGAAACUGCGAGACUGGGAGGACAAGGGGCUGGAUUUGUCCAUGGAAAGCCUCAGCCCCAAUGGCCAGCUGGGGGACAAUGAAGACCCGACUCAGUGCCUGGACCUCAACCCCGACUCAGAACAGAGCACUGGGUCAGACACAGAGGUGCUGGCAGAAAGGACAUCCUGCUCAUUUGGCUCCCAUUCUGAUCUUACAUCUGGUGGCUCAGGCCCUCAGCCUCCUCCACCUUCAUCCAUGGAAGAGAUCCAGGUAGAGCUGCAGUGUGCGGACCUCUGGAAAAGAUUUCAUGACAUUGGGACAGAGAUGAUCAUCACGAAAGCAGGCAGAUGGCUCAAACGAAAAUGUCGAUGGCCAGGAUUGGUAGUAAGACUGGAAAAAGUCAUCAGUGAGUGA